CUUUUAUAUUCUCUACACCUAUCAUACAGAAACAUAGUCAGCUUGUUACGUUCAAAGCAGAAAAGCGAAACGAAAACCGCUGAGCCAUGACUUCUCUCCGGCUCCAAUUCCUUCCAGAAAAUCCCGUUCCGUUAUUCUCCAAUUCCACUCUUCAUUACGCUCCGCGAACUCUCUCGUUUUCGAAAGUGGAACACCGCCAACGCCGUUUCUUCCCAAUAACAACUUCUCUGACGGAUUCUAACUACUCCGGAGUCGGAGUCGGAGGCGGAGGUGGAGGCUUGUUUGGUGCUACUUCUCAAGUAUUUGAUGUUCCACUUUUAUCUUGCAAUGAGGCUAUUGAAAGGUUGAAAACAUUCAGAGAAACAAUAAAAGGCAAGCAACAAUACCUUGCCAUGUAUUCAAGCAUUUUUGGUGGGGUAACCACGGACCCUGCUGUUAUGGUUAUUCCUAUGGACGACCACAUGGUACACAGGGGCCAUGGUGUCUUCGAUACUGCGGCAAUAAUGGACGGGUACCUAUAUGAGCUAGAUCAACACCUUGAUCGCUUUUUGAGGUCAGCAUCCAUGUCUAAGAUAGAUCCUCCAUUCGAUCGCGAAAGCAUAAGAAGAAUCCUCAUACAAACUGUAAGUGCUUCCAAAUGUCGAAAAGGAUCACUAAGAUACUGGCUCUCAUCAGGACCCGGUGAUUUUCAGCUAUCCCCUGCAGGGUGCCACCAAUCUUCUCUAUACGCAAUUGUAAUACAGGAUCUGUCAUUGGCAUCAACUAGUUCCAGGGGAGUUAAAGUUGUUACUUCAUCAAUACCCAUUAAACCGCCACAGUUUGCAACAACUAAGAGUGUAAAUUACCUCCCAAAUGUGCUCUCGAAGAUGGAAGCCGAAGAAGCUGGUGCCUUUGCCGGCAUUUGGCUUGAUCACGAGGGAUUUGUUGCUGAGGGGCCUAAUAUGAAUGUGGCUUUUGUGACUAAAGAGAAGGAGCUUAUAAUGCCCCACUUCGAUAAAAUUCUUAGUGGCUGCACAGCUAAGAGGGUUUUGACGCUUGCCGAGAAGUUGUUGAGCAAGGGUAAGCUUCGUGGGAUAAGGAUGAACAUNNGCAGUGGCGUUCUUGUUUGCCCUGUAGUGCAGUGGGACGAGCAAGUUAUUGGAGAUGGGAAAGAAGGCCGUAUAACGAAGGCUCUCUUCAAUCUUAUUGUUGAAGACAUGGAGUCAGCACCCCCUCCAGUUCGUAUACCUGUACCAUAUUAAUAAUUGUAUUUCUUGUGUACAUUUUUUUUUCCUUAUGUGCAGCUUCAUGAAGCAGAAUGUGACAAAUAAUGGAGAUCUUGAAACCCCUAUUCACCUUUGUAUCUUAAUUUCUCAUUGCUUUGUAAAGGUUGUAUUGUUGUAAAAGAAUCUGCUGUAUAUGUGCA